UCCCAAAAAACAGGCAAGAUAAUAAAAAACACAAUACUUGAACAAAACAAUGGAGAAGGUUUUGAUUGUAGCAUCAGCCCUGAUCUGCUUCUUAUUAGGCCUGGUGGGCACGGGCAGUGCCGAUACCUUCACAGUGGAAGGCAAGGUGUACUGCGACACCUGCCGCACCCAGUUCAUCACCAGGAUCACCGAGUUCAUGCCAGAUGCAGUGGUGCGGCUGGAGUGUAAGGAUCGGGAGGGCGGGUCGAUCACCUUCAGCGCGGACGCGAUCUCCGACAGGCACGGUGUGUACCACAUUCCGGUGCAGGGAGACCACGAGGACGAGAUCUGCGAGGUGUUCUUGGUGAAGUCCCCCAGGCCAGACUGCAACGGGAUCCCCAAGCCGGAGAAGAACAAGGAGGAUUCGGCCAGGGUCAGCAUCACCAAGAACAACGGCAUGAUCUCCGGGGUCAGGAGGGUCAGCCCCAUGGGCUUCUUGAUCACCAAGGCUAAGCCCGAGUGCGCCGAGGUCCUCAGGGAACUUGGCAUCACCCCUCAAGGCCUCGUCCCAUAACUAAACUACCUACUCCAUUCCAUUAACAACUAAAUCUACUAAAACUUACCUUACGUAUGAAUGACGCCAAAACCUACCAAAAAGCCUAAACACACACAACCUUUCUUCAUUCAAUUUCAUGUUUCAUUUCUGUUUUUAUUCGUCGUCAUUAAAUGUGUUUGUACAAGGAGGAUCUGGUAUGGUUAAUUUCACUGCUGCCUCUCUCAAUUACCUACUCUGGAUUCAUCCAUCUCCCUAGCUUAUAUAUUCAUUCAUUCGGAAAUUCUUGCUUCUUGUGAUGAUGAUGACGAUGAAGGUGUGAUCAUUGUUAUUGAAUCAAAUUAGAUUUGAUUCAACGACACAUACUAACGAAAAUUGCAGUUUGUUUUCAUUAACAUUUUCGAUAUCAGCUUAUCAGGAUGAACUCAUUCAAAACCCGUCCAUAAUUUCAAAAAACUUCCUCUCGUAAUAUCCCAACUCUAAGAACGUUAAAUCGCCAUUGCUUCUUUGAAUGAAGGAUGUUGUAUUGAACCACUAAAUGGCAGUGGCAUGUCAAUGAAGGAUGUUGUUCCCCACUCUUCUCACGAUAUAAAGAUACACAAGAAAAAAUGGGCUUGUCAAUGAAUUCACUUAGAUCAC